CAUCCCCACCACCACCAUGCGAGGCAUCGGCGCCGCCGCAGCCGCCGCCGCCGCCCGGCGGCACGCGCACCUCCCCUCCUCCUACGCCGCCGCGUUCUCCUCCUUCUCCGGCAUCGGGGGCAGCGGUGGCGCUGGGCGCGGGCGCGGGCGCGGCCUACCGCCCUCCGCCUCCGCGCCGCCGCGCGCUCCCGGGAGCCCCAUCCCCGAGGACGACAAUGGAGUGGAUCUCUUCGCCGCAUCAUCUUCUGCCGGCCGUGGCCGCGGGGAGCCCGUGAUCCCGCCGUCCCCCACCACCCCGUCCUUCUCGUCCUUCUCCGGCGCCGGCCGCGGUCGCGGAUCCCCGCUGCCCCCGCCGCCGCCGCCAUCCGACGAAGAUGCCCCCAAGCAACCCACCUUCGCAAAGCGCUUCGACUCCGUCCCUCCCCCCUCCGAUCCGGAGCCGCCAGCCACCGCUGCCUCCUCCUCAUCCGAGCCGCCGCGUUCGAUCCCUACCUCCGGCGCGGGCCGCGGCGUGCCGCGUGUGCAGCCACCGGUGGACAGGCCCCCCGAGGAGAACCGCUUCGUUCGAAGCCGCGAGGCAAGGAAAGCUCCGACCCCUUCGGCUCCAAGCGGGCAGCCGAGAUUGGCGCCACAGGAGGCUGUGAAGCGUGCUUUGGAGCUCCUUGGCCGUGGCGAUACUGGCGGUGGACGCGGCAGAGGGGGGCGUGGGGGCCGCGGAGGUGGCCGGGACGGUGGCCGUGGUCGGCCUGCUGACGUGAACGAGCGGGAAAAGGUCUUCUUGGGUGACAACGCUGAUGGUGAGAAAUUCGAGAAGCGGCUCGGGCCUGAGAAAAUGAAGAUUUGGGACGAGGCGUUCGAUGAGGCAGCAGAUGAGGCACUGCCAGAGCCGAUUGAUGAUGCGCUUCUCAACGCUAUUCAUACCAAUAACAUGAUUGAGUUUGAGCCAGAGUACAAUGUGAGCUUUGCUAAUCCUGAUAUUGAGGAGAAGCCGCCUAUGUCAUUGGAGGAGAUGCUGCAGAAAGUAAAGCCAUUCAUAGUUGCUUAUGAAGGCAUCCAGGACCAGGAAGAAUGGGAGGAUGCCGUGAAAGAUAUCAUGUUAAGGGCACCCCAUAUGAAAGAGCUGAUAGAUAUGUACAGUGGGCCUGAUGUCGUAACUGCAAUACAGCAAGAAGGGGAGCUGCAAAGGGUUGCCAACACUCUUCCAGAAAACAUACCCAAUUCAGUAAAGCGGUGUACUGAUAAAACUUUACUUUCUCUCAAGAAUAAUCCUGGCUGGGGUUUUGACAAGAAGUGUCAAUUCAUGGACAAGUUUGUUCGUGAAGUUUCAGAGCAAUACAAGUAAAAGGCUUCUGAUGCACUGUUGUAAGAUCUCAUUUAGCCCCUAAGAAGAUUUAGCGGAUUUUCCUUGUUUUGAGAGGUGUAAUGUUAUAUUCAAUCCAUGCAGCCUGUCUUCUUUCUACGGGCUAGUAGUUGGACAAAUAAAAUCACUGGGAAAGUGGAUAUUUCUUUUGGGAGAUUUUCCUAUCGUCAUUUUGAUUCUGGAAGUGUCGUCGCCAUUUGUUUAGGACAACCCUGAAACUCCCUUGCCUCUCUAAGGCACUAAUGAUAUAAUGGAUGCUUGAAUGA